UUUCCGUGUCUCACCUGUGCACAGGUAGCUGGGGCCCUCACCUGAUCAUCGUGCCCACCUCGGUGAUGCUGAACUGGGAGAUGGAGCUCAAGCGUUGGUGCCCCGGGUUCAAAAUCCUCACCUACUACGGGGCCCAGAAAGAGCGGCGGCUCAAGAGACAGGGCUGGACCAAGCCCAACGCGUUCCACGUCUGCAUCACCUCGUACAAGCUGGUGCUGCAGGACCACCAGGCCUUCCGGCGCAAGAACUGGAAAUACCUGAUCCUGGACGAGGCGCAGAACAUCAAAAACUUCAAAUCGCNGAUUUGGGCCAUUUUUGGGCCGUUUUGA